AAUUUUGAGCAGGCACAGACCGGUCUUAACUCUGUACUCUAAAUGUUUGUAUAGACAUAUGCUUAAUUUUAACCCAGUUAAUAUUUUUCCAAGAUAGCAUUCAUACAGAGCAAAAAUUGAUAUUUAGGCCACCUUAAAGUUUGAAAACCCUUUUAGCAGCAAGGUUUAGUUCACGGGCAUUUAUUGUGAAAGUUGGUGCAGCAGGCGGCCAUCACGCUGGUGUCGCUAUUUUCAACUGCCUCACCAGCUAAAGACUCACUCAUCACGUCUAUAAUCGCAGCACAAGAUUGUUGUCUUGGUUUCCCAGCCUCGAUUCCUUACUGAUGAGGGACUUUCGGCCCGACUGACGCAGGGAGAUGGGGGUACUCAAUAUUUCAGACCAGCUGCCUCUGGUCCAGGCCAUAUUUAACCGAAAUGUGGAUGAAGUGAAGUUAUUUUUGCACAAGAAAGAUGAAGUCAAUGCACUGGACCAAGAGCGCCGCACACCUCUUCAUGCUGCUGCCUGGCUGGGGGACGUUCAUAUAAUGGAGCUUCUCAUCAGCGCUGGUGCGAAUGUCAAUGCAAAGGACCAUGUGUGGCUAACACCAUUGCACAGAGCAGCUGCUUCCAGAAACGAGAGGGCUGUGGGGCUGCUGCUAAGGAAGGGAGCUGACGUUACAGCGCGGGAUAAGUUCUGGCAGACACCACUGCACAUUGCAGCGGCCAACCGAGCCACGCGUUGUGUUGAGGCCCUGCUGCCCCAUGUGACAAGCCUGAAUAUGGCCGACCGCACGGGCAGAGCGCCCUUGCAUCACGCUGCUCAGAGUGGAUACCAGGAGAUGGUUAAAUUGCUGCUGAACAAGGGAGCCAAUCUGAGUGCCAGUGACAAGAAAGACAGGCAGCCCAUUCAUUGGGCAGCUUACCUUGGACAUCUGGAGGUGGUUAAGCUGCUGGUGUCUCAAGGCUCGGAUAAGAGCUGUAAGGAUAAGCGAGGAUACACCCCUCUCCACGCUGCUGCUGCCAGUGGCCACGUCGAUGUGGUCAAGUACCUGUUACGCAAUGGAGCCGAGAUUGAUGAGCCUAAUGCCUUUGGAAACACUGCUCUCCAUGUGGCCUGCUACACGGGACAGGAGGCCGUAGCCAACGAGCUGGUCAACCGUGGGGCCAACGUCAACCAGCCCAACCACCGUGGCUACACGCCCCUGCACCUGGCUGCCGUGUCCACUAACGGGGCUCUCUGCCUGGAGCUGCUGGUCAACAACGGUGCUGAUGUCAACAUGCAGAGUAAAGAAGGGAAAAGCCCUUUGCACAUGGCAGCCAUUCAUGGACGUUUCACUCGCUCUCAGAUCCUCAUUCAAAAUGGUGGGGAGAUAGAUUGUGUGGACAGAUAUGGCAAUACUCCUCUUCAUGUUGCUGCUAAGUACGGCCACGAGCUGCUUAUCAGCACCUUAAUGACAAACGGUGCUGACACAGCCAGACAAGGAAUUCAUGGGAUGUUUCCUCUACACUUAGCUGUGCUCUACGGGUCCUCUGACUGUUGUCGUAAGCUACUUUCCUCAGGUCAGCUCUACAGCAUUGUGUUGUCAAUGAGUAAAGAACACGUGCUUUCGGCCGGAUUUGACAUCAACACCCCAGACAACUUUGGGAGGACCUGUCUACACGCUGCUGCCUCUGGAGGGAAUGUUGAAUGUCUCAACCUGCUCUUAAGCAGUGGAGCUGACAUGAAUAAGAAGGACAAGUUUGGAAGGGCUCCUUUGCACUAUGCGGCUGCUAAUGGGAGGUAUCAGUGUGUGGUGGUUCUGGUAGGAGCAGGGGCGGAGGUCAACGAGCGUGACCGCUCUGGCUGUACACCUCUACACUAUUCGGCUGCAUCGACUGCGUUCUGCAGAACGGACCGACCCCAUGCCAGCACCCAUCAGAACCAAGAGGAUGGGGAGAAGGAAUCCUUCCUGUGUGUGGAGCAUUUGUUGGAUAAUGGUGCUGAUCCAUCUCUGUGCAACACUAAAGGAUACAGCGCUGUGCAUUACGCUGCGGCCCACGGCAACAAACAAAACCUGGAGCUGCUUUUGGAGAUGUGUUUCAACACGCUAGGAGACAAGGAAAGCAACGGGUCCAUCAGCCCACUACACUUGGCGGUAUGUACAAAAUUCGGUCACUGGGAAUGUGUCACAGUGUUAAUUGAGUCUGGAGCGUAUGUGGAUGCCUGUGACCCGGUGGGGCGCUCUGUGCUGUAUGUGGCCUCUCAAAGAGGACAUGCUCGCUGCGUAGAGCUGCUGCUCUGCCAAUCAGCGUCUUGCCUGCUCACAGAGCACCGCAGCAAAUGGGGCCCUCUUCAUGUUGCAGCUGCCAACGGCCACUCCGAAUGUCUGCGGAUGCUGCUCUGUAGCGAGGGGGGAGCCGACCUUGUUAAUGUUACAGAUGCAGAGGGACAAACUCCACUAAUGCUGGCAGUGCUGGGGGGACACACUGACUGUGUGCAUCUGCUGCUGGAGAGAGGAGCUUGCCCUGAUAUGAGAGACAGGAGAGGAAGAACAGCCUUACACAGAGGGGCGGUGAUGGGUCGGGAGGACUGUAUAACCGCCCUGCUGUCCCACAGUGUCUCAGUCCUCAGCAGAGAUUUUCAGGGGCGAACUGCGGUCCAUCUGGCUGCCUCUUGCGGCCAUGCUGACAUUCUCUCCAAUCUUCUUUCUGCUGCUGACCACUCCCAUCCCCACGACCCAAUCACAGACCGCCACGGCUACACACCCGCACACUGGGCAGCCUAUCACGGUCAUGAAGACUGUUUGGAUGUUUUACUUGAACUUAAACCAUGUAGUAUCCAGGAGGGAAACCCCUUCACCCCACUGCACUGUGCUCUCAUUAAUGGCCAUAGUGGUUCUGCAGAGCUGCUGUUGGAAUCCAGUGUUUGUAAUUUGCUGGUAAACAUCAGGGAUGCCAAAGGAAGGACCCCGCUUCAUGCGGCCGCAUUUGCCGAGGACGUGGCUGGGCUGCAGCUGGUUCUGCGGCACGGAGCUGACAUCAAUGCCGUGGACCACUCAGGGCGUUCUGCACUGAUGGUGGCCGCCGACAAUGGCCAAAGCGGUGCUGUGGCCCUGCUGCUGCACAGAGCCAAAGCCGACCUGUCCCUCCUGGAUGUGAACAAGAACACUGCCCUGCACCUGGCCUGCAGCAAGGCUCAUGAAAUGUGUGCCAUGCUGAUCUUGAAGGAGAUCCACAACCCUAUCCUCAUAAAUGCAACCAACAGUAUGCUUCAGAUGCCCCUCCACAUUGCCGCCAGGAAUGGUUUGGCCACCGUGGUUCAGGCCUUGCUGAAUCGUGGAGCCACAGUGCUGGCAGUGGAUGAGGAAGGUCAUACGCCAGCCCUGGCUUGCGCAUCCAAUAAAGCUGUUGCCGACUGCCUAGCUCUCAUUCUGUCAACCAUGAAGCCUUCCUCCUCCACACCCUCCUCAUCCUCACCGUCGUCUCCCAGCCUCAACUUGCUCAAGCACUGUGGCAUCACCGCCGCCUGUCCCCCCCUGCCCAAUGGAGGCCUUCGCCAUGGUUACGGCAAAGAUCGCCAUGGUGCUACUAUUGGCUUGGAUGGCUACUUGACCGAGUAAGGCGUUCUUACUCGCUAAAAAAAAAAAAAAAAAAGCGUGGUCGCUUGGUUUGGUCCUCUCUACACACCUAGAUAAACCUAUAUGCAAUUACAGCCACACAUCCCUCCUGUGCCAGUAUCAAAGCUUUUCUUCACAUCUCAGUAGAGAGCGAACACGAGAGGACGAAUUUAGCUAUUUAUUUCUAUUUAUUUUCCCCGCUUU